GGAAACAAAAAAAAAGACACUUGAGAGGCUCAUGCCAUCCCUACCCCGUGAUUAUGAGUUCAGGUCACCCGUUUGAAGAAGACACUUAUGUUAGGGUUUAGGGUUUUAUGAGAACCUCGCAAAGAAUGGGAAGGCACCGAAGCCGCAGUCGGAGCCACAGCCCCGUGCCAAGCAAGCGAUACGAAGACCCUCGCGACCGCCGUGCAGACCGCCGUGCAGACCGCCAUUCCCCUGCUCCCUCUGGCCUUCUCGUUCGAAAUAUUUCUCUCAGCUCCAGGCCAGAAGAUAUCAGAGUACCUUUCGAGCGGUUUGGUCCGAUAAAAGAUGUUUACUUACCGAAAAAUUACUACAGUGGAGAACCCCGGGGUUUUGGCUUUGUGAAGUUUCGUUAUCCUGAAGAUGCAGCUGAGGCGAAGAAAUGCUUAAAUCAUACUGUCAUUGGUGGGCGUGAAAUUCAAAUUGAAUAUGCUGAAGAAAAUAGAAAGACGCCACAUGAAAUGCGUAGGCUUACCACAAACACAAGUCAUCGACGGAGUUCAAGAAGACACAGUCCGUCAAGAUCCCCAAGGCGAAGAUAUCACUCUGAUUCACGGUCACCCACUCCAGCACGACAAGCGUCAAGAGAGCAUAAAAGGGCGGCCUAUAAUUCGCCUCGGAGAUCCAGAUCACUAUCAAGAUCUCUGUCCCCUAGGAGGAUUAAAACGUCAAAGGAAAGGCAUGCCAGGCAGCGUUCCAGAUCCGUGUCUCGAUCCCCUUCUCCAAGUCACAGAUAUCGAAGUAAAAAAAGCAAUGGACAGAUUUCAUGUGAUGAUGAUUCUGCUCCAAAACAGACUUGAAACUCUACCAUGGAAUUAACACAGUUGAUGUUCUUGUUGGACCUGUUGGUUGCUGCAUGGUUCGUGACUUCCUGUGAAGUUCCAACUUGUAUGAUGUCUUAACGCUGGUUGACAGUCUCUCUUGAAGUUCCAAUUAAUCUUGGUUCACACAUCGCAGAUAUCAAGCUUCAUGUUUUGUGAAAUUAUGACUACUUUCACCAUCUUGUAUCUGUGUGAUGGGGUGUUGAAACAUGGAACUCAUUUGAUGGGAAUGUAAAUCCCGACUUCCUUUUUGUACUUCAUCCCAAAUGAAUAGUUUCCUAUUUUGGGGGUUUUCGCUUGAGUACUACGGAGUACUAAAUCCUAAUUUAAAAAUUAGAUUCUACGUACAAAAAAUAUGAUUACUUUUAAUACCCAAAAAUUGACUUUGAAAUGUACCCUUUAACUUUUGUCUUGUCAUUCCUCUGCACAGUGACCUGACCAACCCUUGAAAGAAUGUACAUAACAUAGCAAAUGAG